AUGACAACUAGAUCCCGCAACGCAAUACCUUCCGACGACACACCACACUUCUCGGCCGGUAUGUCUGUCCAGUUCCAUGCUACUUUCUCGAUGGACGAGGAGACCAGAACCAUCACCAACCUCGACACCGAGGACAUGCAGAUGGUUCAAGAAGCCAAACAAAAGGCAAACCCGCGAUACUCCGUCUCCGACGCCCUCCGCACAGGCAUUGCUUAUGUUCGGAGAAGCUAUAUCCGGCGCGAGGUUCGCAUCGUCGCACCAGAGAUGAUCUUUCGAGCAAUGGCGGCUCACCAGGAGGACAACUGUCAGCAUAUGGAUGAGCAUGCUGAGCUGUACAUCACAUACCUUCAGGCUCUGAUUGACCCAAGGAACGGCAUGAAGUACAGUCGCAUUCGUGUUGAGAACAUACAGGAGGAGAUCCGUCAAGCGGAGCUUGCGCUUGCUUCCUUCCGGGCUGCUCGAGCUGCUGGAACGGUCUUCCACAAAUGUCCGGCCACGGUUGGGAUCGAGUACCUGAGAGCUCCCAAGGCCCACGUCCAUGACGAGAGAUGCGGCACUGGCGUUGGCUGUACCAUCCAGGAGCCCGCAGGAAAGAAUAAUGCCAACAAUGCAUAG